GGCACCAACAAAGACUCUCACGGCAGUCAGUCUAAAGUCAAACUAUUUCUCUGAGGAGAAGCUGUACGAACCUGCACCAAUGGUUUGGGACAAACCCUCCUUUACACUCAAUGUCUCAGCUAUCUUCCUCCUCUGUACAGCGUUUUGUUUCUCACAGGAAGAAGGCUCAGGUGAUCAAUUCAUUGGAAGAAGUAUACACUUUGAUCAACAGUCGGCACGAAACAAAUCUGACGCCAAGGAGACUAUCUUAGACAAGUCAGCGAAACACUUCCUAACCACAGCUAUUACAACAGCAGUGAUCCCUACUCUUUAUCUCAUCAUCUUUGCCUUUGGUCUCCCUGCCAAUGGGUUGGCUAUGAUCAAUCUCAUUACCAAGGUGCAACGAGUGCCUUCCACCAUCUUCCUGAUGAACCUGGCGACAGCCGACCUCCUCCUGAUUCUGGUGCUCCCGUUCAAGAUCCACUAUCACUUCCAGGGCAACAACUGGGUCUUCGGCGAAGCCCUGUGCCGGACGAUGACGGCCUUCUUCUACGGGAACAUGUACUGCUCCAUCCUGCUCCUCACCUUCAUCAGCAUCGACAGAUACUUUGCUCUGGUCCAUCCGUUCUACUCCAAGCGCUUUAGGGACAAUAGGUCUGCUGUGGCUGUCUGCUCUAUGAUUUGGACUCUUGUAGCACUCUCUGUGUCACCGUUUCUCCUCCAGAGGCAAGUGUACUCAUUCCAGGAAUUAAACAUCACAACCUGCCACGAUGUUUUACCAAGGACCACACAGCAGGAUUAUUUUUUCUAUUAUUUUGUAUGUUUGGUUGUGUUGGGUUUUCUCAUUCCCUGUCUUAUAACUGUAUUUUGCUACGUAACUGUAAUCAAAACGCUGAUGAUGAAAAAUGAUAAGUAUGCCAAAGCAAUAAGGACUAUAAUACUAGUGCUGAUUGUAUAUGUGGUUUGCUUCACGCCUAGUAAUACUGCCUUGCUCAUCCACUUCUCACAGUUUGACCUUGCAGAGAACAAUCACUUGUAUUUAUAUUAUGUGAUCUGCCUGGCAUUAAGCACCUUCAACAGCUGUAUUGACCCUUUCAUAUAUUACUAUAUGUCCGAAGACUUUCGCGACAAUGUGAGAAGCAUUAUGUCUUUUAGUAAGGAGAAGAAAAGUGAGGAUUCCAGAAAAACUUUCUUUCACACAGAGAGCACCUCAACAUCAAGGAGUAUAGCAUCUAAAUGUGCGUGUUCUACUUUGAAAAACUCAGAAAGUCUUGGAUCAAGAGAAAUUACUGGUUGCAAUAGAGAAUUCAAGGAGAAGUGAAAU